AUGACUUUAGCGUCUCGUCUAUCAACUCAAGCAAAUAUUGGUAAUAUGGAUAAACGAGAUGAAUUGAAAAGUAUGAUCAUUGGCAAUAUCGUGCUCAUUCAAUUACAAGCUACGGUCGUCGGCUUUCUUGCUGCUAUUAUUUCAACGGUCAUGGGCUGGGUGCCACAAGGUCAAUUCAAUCUACGACAUGCUCUCGUUCUAUGCAGUAGUAGUGUGUCAACAGCAUCAGUUGCUUCAUUAGCGUUGGGCAUCGUCAUGAUUAUUGUCAUUGUUAUUUCUCAUAGAUGUAAAAUUAAUCCGGAUAAUAUUGCAACACCGUUAGCAGCAUCAUUAGGUGAUUUGACUACGUUGAGCAUUUUAGCUGGCAUUGGUGGUUUGUUAUUUCAAACUAUUGAUAAUUAUACAUGGCUACCAAUAGCAAUCACAACUUUCUUUUUAACUUUAAUUCCGGUUUGGAUUAUAUUUGCUAGACGAAAUAAAUAUGUUAGUGAUGUUCUAAUUCACGGAUGGUCUCCAGUAAUAUCUGCAAUGUUCAUCUCGAGUACUGGAGGAUUAAUUCUUGAUUUUGCUCUUCAAAAGUUUCUUGGUCUGGCUGUUUUUCAGCCUGUUAUGAACGGCGUCGGUGGAAAUCUCGUUGCCGUACAAGCAAGUCGACUAUCAACUGCGUUGCAUCAACAGGGCAAACCAGGAGAUUAUUGUGACAAUGACGACUAUUCGAGUGCAACAUCCUGUUCGAAUCCGUAUACAGUAUUUUGUUCUAAAAAAAGUGAUUCAUCAACAACACGCGUGCUACUAUUGAUGAGCAUACCAGGACAUUUAAUAUUUAUUCUUCUCAUUUGGCAAUUCACUAUGGAUCACAUCCACUUAUCAUAUUCAUUUGUUACUCUUUAUUUAGUGGCCGCACUGAUUCAAAUUGGUAUUCUUCUCUACAUUGCUCAAUGGAUGGUUGCUUUCGUUUGGCGACAAGGACAAGAUCCGGAUAAUAUUUGUAUACCGUAUUUAACAGCGAUUGGUGACCUACUUGGCACUGGUCUUUUAACCUGUGUUUUUUUAGUUCUUUCAUAUUAA